UGUAACCUUACUGCCAGAUAGGACUGCAUGCGCAUCCGGGAAUUUUGUAUAAAUAACGCGUCUAGACAAUACGGUAGUCAGUGAAAGUGUCAAUUGAAGGCAGCAACAUGGCAGUGAUCCUUGUUGCUUUAGUAGUUUGCCUAGUGCAAAGCAGUGUUGCGGACGAACCAUGUGAAACAGGAACGAUGUGGCCUCACCCAUCGAAUCCAAUAUAUUAUUACAAAUGCUUAGCUCCGGGUGUGGAAGUUCAACUAAAAUGCCCGCCAGGAGAAUACUUUGGUGUAACGGAUAAAAAAUGUAUCCCUGGAACCCCACCGGUAACUCCGCCUGAAGGCACUACCGAGACACCAACUGUACCAGGUGGGGAAACAGAAUCAACUACAACAGCAACUGAGGAAACUGUCCCACCUGAAACAACUGCAACAACAGUUGAACCACCUGAGUCCAGUAAGCCACCUGAGGCGACUGAAUCGACUAAGCCGACUGAAUCGACUGAGAAGACCGAAUCGGCUGAGUCGACACCAAGUUCUACUAUUACAGAAACUGAAUCGACUGUUAAACCUGGUGGUCCGGGAGUUCCUACGGAGCCACCUACUCCGCCAACUGAUGACUCGGGCUCAGGAGGUGGAUCAGGUGGUGGAUCAGGUGGUGGAUCAGGUGGUGGAUCAGGAGGUGGAACUGAACCACCUACUCCACCAACUGAUGACUCGGGAUCAGGGAGUGGAUCAGGAGGUGGAUCAGGAGUUGCAACGGAGCCACCAGCACCUCUAAGUCCAUAAAGUUCCGAUGGAAGACGCAGGAUUAAUAACAGCCGCGAAUGGAAAUAAUAAUUAUGAGAAACUGGUGGAAAUAAUUAUAAGUGCACAUUGCUUCCUUCUGCGUCAAUAAAUUUGUUCAACAACUUAA